AUGGCUUCUUUCUCUGAUCCAUCUUCAGACCUUGAAAUGAAUGAGCCAAAUUCUUCUAUCUCUGAAGCUGAAGCUGAAGCGUCAGCUUCAGCAUGUCCAAAUCCUAUAAACAAUCGUAAAAAACGCAAAAAUAACGGUUUGGUUUGUGGUUAUGGUCAUAGAUGCAUAUCUAAUCGGGAUGUGAGUGAAAAUUCUAAUCAAAUUGAAUUCCUACCACCAGUCAAUACCAAAAAUCUUAUCCAAAAAGUUCGAGCUGCUAUCUAUCUUUCUUUAGAUAGAUUAUGGGAAUUACCUAAUGAAAGUUCUUUAAUAGCAAUGAUAUUAGAUCCUAGAAUGAAAAAUUUUCCAUUUAUAAAUGGAUCAGAAUGCUUAGUGAAUGAAAAUCUUGAAGAGCCAAUUUUGACAACAGACUUGGCCGAUGAUGCUGAAGAUGGAUCAGAGAAAGAAGCCAUUUUGCAUACUACUGUACAAU